GGGCCAGCGGCGGGGCGCGGGAGGCGGCGGCGGCACCGGGGCCGCGCCGGGCCCGAACCGGGGCCGGGCCCGAACCGGGGCCUCUCGCGGCCGGGCCGGGCCGAGCCAGGGCCGCUGCGGGGCCGGGGGGCGGCCCCGGCGCCUGCAGGUACCGUGAGAGCACCGGGGGGCGCGGCCGCUGCCGCCGCACCGGGCCCGGGGCCUGCGCCUGAACCGAGCCCCCCGUGAGGGCACGGCCGGCGGGGCACGGCCGGCGAGUGCCCGGGGUGGGGGCGCAGCGCGGCCCGGCCCCAGCGGGAGCUGCCGGUGGCCUCUCGGUACCCCCCGGUAAAGCCCCGGUAAGGCCCGGUAAAGCCCCGGUAAGGGCCCGGUGAGCCCCGCCCGCCGCCGGCGAUGGCGGCACGCGGCUCCGUGCCCAGCCUGAGCAGCCUGCAGAAAACCGCCCUGCUCCUGGGCGUGCCGGCCGCCGCCACCGUGCUCUACAUCCUCUACCGGCGCUACCGGGAGAGCCGAGAGGCGCAGGUGACGCUGGUGGCAGACGAGGGGCUGGACGUGGGGCUCAGGGUGCCCCGCACGGCCCUGAAGGCGCUGAUCGGCCGCCGGGGAGCCACCAUCAACCAGCUGCGGCAGGAGACCGGAGCCCAGAUCGAGGUGGAGGAGGAGGAGGAGGAGGAGGAAGGGGGGCAGUCCCUGGUGCAGAUCUCGGGCUCGCCGCGCCAGGUGUGCCGCGCCAGGGCGGCCGUGCUGCGCAUCGUGGCCGACAGCGCGCCCGUGGCCGAGCAGCUGCGCGUGCCCCAGCGCGCCGUGGGCAGGAUCAUCGGCCGCGGCGGGGAGACGGUCCGGGCCAUCUGCCGCAGCUCGGGGGCUCGCGUGGAGUGCGGCCACGAGCCCGACGCCAGCCUGGCCCCGCUGCGCGUCAUCCGCCUGCUGGGGACGCGCGCCGAGGUGGAGGCGGCCAAGAAGCUGAUCCUGGAGAAGCUCUCGGAGGACCGGGCGUUCCGGCGGGAGCUGGCGCAGGCGGCGGCCGCGCGGUGCCCGCGGAAGCAGCCCCUGGGCAGCCGCCGGGAGCCGCCGGUGCCGCCCGGGAGCCCCGGGGGCUGGCAGGAGUGCUGGGAUGCGGACUGGGCACCGGCGGCCGGCCCGGGCACGGAGGCGGGCGCGGAGCCGGGCGAGGGCAGCGCGGAGCCCGGCGAGGGCGAGGAGCCGCCCCUGGACAAGUUCGAGGUGCCCAGCCCGGAUUUCAGCUUCCCUGCUGACGAGCACCUGGACGUUUACGUGUCGGCGGCCGAGAGCCCCGGGCACUUCUGGAUCCAACUGCUGGGCACGCGCAGCCUGCAGCUGGACAAACUGACAGCUGAGAUGGGCCACUUCUACCAGAGCAGCCCCCCCGUGCCACCCCCGUCGGUGCACGCCGGGGCCAUCGUGGCCGCGCCGUACCGGGACGACGGCGAGUGGUACCGGGCGCGUGUCCUGGGGCCGCUGGACAACGGCCACCUGGAGCUGUACUACGUGGACUUUGGGGACAACGGGCAGGCGCCCCCCGAGGCUCUGCGGGCCCUCAGGAGCGACUUCCUGAGCCUGCCCUUCCAGGCCAUCGAGUGCAGCCUGGCCGGGAUUGUCCCCAGCGGUGGCUCGUGGCCCGAGGCAGCCCUGCAGGAGUUCGAGCGGCUCACGGGCUGCGCUCGCUGGUGCCCGUUGGUGGCGCGGAUCUGCAGCUACGGCCCUGCCAGGACCUGCCCGCGGCCCCGCCUGCGCCUCUUCGCCCAGCGCCACGGACAGAGCCUGGACGUGGGAGCAGAGCUGGUGCGUUUGGGCUACGCCGUGCCCGGGCCCCCGGAGGAGCCCCCGGACACUCCCGGCUGUGCCUCCAGCCCGAGCCCGGCGGAGCCCGGGGACGGCCCCGGCCCCGCGCCCUGCCUCAGCCCGCCCGGCGAGCCCGGGCCCUGCCGGUGACACCGUGCGGUGACACUGCCCCGGUGACACCGUGCCGGUGACACCGCCCCGGGAGCGGCGCCGGGACCCCCCGACCCGUGCCCGGUGCCACCGGGAGCCGCUCCCAGUGACCCCAUCCCGGUGACCGGAGCCACUCCCGGUGCCGCCACCGACUGCGACCCGGAGCCCUCCGGGAGGCCGGACCGACCAAUCGCGGGGAUCUCCGCCUGUGCCUCUUGCCGGGACACGACACGCCGGGGCCGAGGGCCGGCGGUGCCCCUUCCGUUACCGGGAGUUCCCGGUUCCCUCGCCUUGUUGUGCUGUUCCGUUGCACUGACUGUGGUUCUGAGUUAAUAAAGUUGAAGGUUUCUCAGC